AACUUGCAUUAUAUAAAUGGGUUAUAUUUUCAAUAAAAAAGUUAUAAUUAUUUGAAUAAUGGUUGUGGCUUUUGUUAUAAUAUUUAUUACAUUUGUGAAUCUAUGCCACCUUUCGGAUAAUUUUAUUGAGGAAUUUAACUAUAGCUCCAGUAUUGUACCAAAUGAAUUUAUUGUAUCUUUCUCUGGUUACCACAAUGGUUCUCAACGAAAUGACAUAUUACUUAAAGCAUUGCAAAAUUUUGAUUUAAUGUUGUGGAAAGAGCUGCCGAGGAAAAACUCUGCCUCACAAUAUCAAAGUGACUUUUCACUUCUUCAGAUCUAUUCCGAUGUAGAUAGGGUGGUUUCUACUUUGAAAAAACAUACUUUAAUUAAAGGAGUUACUGAGCAGCGCAUGGUUGCACGAACAUUAAAAAAUGUUAAUCCAAAUCACUUGGACACUGAUUCUUGGACUCCAAGAAAUCUAAAAAAAUCUAAUUUUGACUCAUUUAUUGAAGAAGAUUCUGUUAAAUCAAGGAAAAUACUGAGAGCGAUUCCAAGACAGAUAUCUCAUGUAUUACAAGCUAAUGUAUUGUGGGGACUUGGGCAUAGAGGAAAAGGUGUUAAAGUAGCCGUCUUUGAUACUGGUCUUCCAAAAUCUCAUCCGCAUUUCAAAAAUAUUAAAGAUCGAACAGAUUGGACUGAGGAAAAAACAGUAAAUGACGAGGUUGGCCAUGGAACAUUUGUUGCUGGAGUUAUUGCAAGCGAUCGAGAAUGCUAUGGUUUUGCUCCAGAAGCAGAUUUAUAUAUUUUCAGGGUGUUCACAAAUAAGCAGGUCUCAUAUACUUCUUGGUUUCUUGAUGCUUUUAACUAUGCAAUUUUGAAAAAUAUUGAUAUAUUGAAUCUUAGCAUUGGUGGACCAGAUUUCAUGGACAAACCCUUUGUUGAUAAGGUUUGGGAACUUACUGCCAAUAAUGUCAUUAUGGUAUCUGCUAUUGGUAAUGAUGGACCUCUUUAUGGGACAUUAAAUAAUCCAGCUGACCAGAUGGAUGUUAUUGGUGUUGGCGGAAUAAAUUUUGAUGACAAAAUUGCAAGUUUUUCCUCUAGAGGAAUGACUACUCAUGAAUUACCUUAUGGUUACGGGCGCAUUAAACCUGAUAUUGUCACUUAUGGAGCAAGUGUAACUGGCUCAAGUCUUAAAGGUGGUUGUCGUUCGUUAUCAGGAACCAGUGUGGCAUCACCUGUUGUGGCUGGUGCUCUAGCUCUGUUAUUAAGCUCGGUGGCGUCUAAAAACGUUGUUACCAACCCAGCUAGUGUGAAACAAGCCAUUAUAGAGUCUGCCACAAGGAUCCCAGAUGCUAAUAUGUUUGAGCAAGGUCAUGGCAAGUUUGAUUUAAUCAAAGCUUACAAAUUACUAAGUAAAUACAAACCACAUGCCAGUGUAAUCCCUAAUUAUCUUGAUCUAACUGAGUGUCCUUAUAUGUGGCCUUAUUGUUCCCAGCCUUUAUACUAUAGUGCAAUGCCUGUUUUGGUUAAUAUGACAAUUUUAAAUGGAAUGGGUGUAACAGGAAGAAUAAAAGAAAUGCCAAUAUGGGAACCACUCAAUGAAAAUCAUGGAAAUUUAUUAAAGAUUGCUUUUGCAUAUUCAGAUAACUUAUGGCCUUGGUCAGGUUACCUUGCUGUAUAUUUAAGUGUCUCAAAGGAAGGAGAAGCAUGGACUGGAAUUGUACAAGGUGUAAUAACACUUUCUGUGACAUCAUAUGCUACGCUUGAAAAUGAAGAAGAGCAAUCUAAGAUAACAAUUCCUGUCAAAGUUAGUAUUAUACCAACACCCCUAAAGAGCAAACGUAUUCUUUGGGAUCAGUUUCAUAAUUUGAGAUAUCCUUCUGGGUAUUUCCCUCGUGAUAAUCUUAACAUGAAGAUGGAUCCAUUGGAUUGGAAUGCAGACCACAUCCAUACAAACUACAAAGAUUUGUACACAUAUUUACGUUCAAAAGAUUAUUUUAUCGAAGUGUUAGGCUUGCCAUUUACAUGUUUUAACGCAAAUGAUUAUGGAGUACUUUUAAUAAUAGAUCCUGAAGAAGAAUAUUUUGAUGAAGAAAUUGUAAAAUUAACUAAAGAUAUUUUCCACAAUAAACUCUCAGUCAUUGUAGUAGGGGAGUGGUACAAUGUGAAAGUAAUGGAUAAAAUACAAUUUUAUGAUGAAAAUACAAGACAGUGGUGGACGCCGGUUACCGGAGGUGCAAACAUUCCAGCUUUAAAUGAACUAAUGAAGCCGUGGGGAAUAUCAUUAACUGAUCAAGUUUAUUCUGGAGAAUUUAAAGUUGGAACAAAAACAGUCAUUUAUGCAUCUGGUGCAACGAUUGGAGAAUUUCCUAAAGAAGGGUUUGUGAUGAGAGCAAACAAACUUUACGAUCAAGCUGCUGAGGUUUUGUUUGGUGAAAUUAAAGCAGACUCGGAUGUACCUAUCAUUGGUUUUUAUGAUCCAAGUCAGACUCAUCGUGGUUCGGGUCGCAUAGUUGUGUAUGGAGAUUCUAAUUGUUUAGAUUCUGCACAUAUGACAACCGAUUGUUUCUGGCUAUUAGACGAAAUAUUAAACUAUACAAUAAAUGGCGGGGAAUUAAAUAAAUUUUUAACAUCUAUGAAAAGCGAACCUAUUACCGAACUGCAUAUGUUGACUACUCGGUUGCAGGAUAACAAGUUGCAUUUGUAUUCUAAAGUUAUUGAACAAGUUGGUGAUGAGAUUUUAAAAAAGCCAAUUCCAAAUUGUCCUUCAAUAAAGUGGAAUGUACCAUUAUCCCGAAAAGGUUUUGCUCCUGAAUACCUUUUACCAGUGGCCGUACCAAUGACGGCUCCCACAUAAACUCACCAGUUCUUUCGAUAAAUCAAUAUUUUCUUGGAUCCUCUAUCGAGGAUAUGAAGUUUAACGGUGAAAUCGACAUUUCUAUUCUCGAUUGCUUUUCUUUUUAAAGCUUACAUACAGAAGAUAUUAUGAGUUUCGUCUUGGUUAAAGUGAAGAGUUUUCUGCUACUGAAGACGUUUCUUUUACAUCAAUAUUCGGUGCUAUUACGAUGUUUUUAAGUGCAAUAUUUUUGGUUGUUGCAUUUUUAUACGAAAUUUUCGGACCCUCGCUUAAAAAACAUUUUAAAAAACAUCAUUUUUUUACUUAAAACGUUUGCAUUAUUAUAUGUGUUAAAUAACAAUAUAAUUUUUAUCAGGCGUAAAAAACCAAUAUUAAUAU